AAUAGAAAAAAGUCAAAACAGUGCCACUUUUCAACAUCCACAGAAAAAUAGAUUAAACUCCAACAAAUAUAUUUAACAAAAAAUCAACAUCAAUAUCAAGGAAAAAUAAAAAUUUUCCAUUUCCCUUAGUUUUUCUUUAUUCUUCAUUUUCAGCUCAAACCCAUCCCAUUUCUCUCCUUCUUUUCUCCAUGGAUUCAGAUUUCUGGACCUCUCGUCUUGCAGCUGCUAAACGCCAAUUAAAUUUACAGCAACACCAUUCCUACAAUCAUCAAACUUCUCAACUGGUAGAUAGGCUGAGCAUAGAUGAUUUCGAGGUUGAAGAAGAGGUCCGACCCGAUUUUCCAUGCCCCUAUUGUUAUGAGGAUUUUGAUAUUGCUUCUCUUUGUUCCCAUCUUGAAGAGGAACAUUCUUGUGAAUCCAGAGUCACUAUCUGUCCCAUUUGUUCUCAUAAAGUUUCGAGGGACAUGCUAAGUCAUAUUACAGUGCAACACGGACACUUGCUCAGGGUGCAGCGGCGGCGUAGAUUACGUAGAGUUGCAAUUCCCAGCAGUCAAGCGCUGUCUCUACUAGGGAGAGAUCUUCGUGAAGCUCAUUUGCAGGUACUUUUAGGAGGCAGUGGAAGUGGAUAUCGAUCAAGCAGUGCAACAUCAACCACUGCAGCCAAUGAUCCCUUGCUUUCAUCUCUAGUUUUGAACUACCCCACAUUUGAAGCAGAGGAAAUUUCUAAAUCUGUUUUAUCCACUGUUGAGGACUCUACUACAAAGAAUGUGACAUCACAACAUAUGUGGAAGUUAAGGUUUGACCCUUCACUAAGUGCCGAAGAGCGAGAAAAGAGGAUAAGACAGGCUACUGGAAGAGCUGUUUUUGUCCAAGAUCUGUUUGCCUCCUCUUUGUUAGCUGACUAAUGAGAGGACAUAUGGAUCCUUCAUCAUAGUAUCCUUCUCAAGUCCUCUCAAUCGAAGAUCUGGUCCCCCUAAGAAUGAUUUUUACCUAGUUUUUUUGCUUUAAUGAUAUUUUCAUAUUGUAAUUUGUAAGCUAGGCAUUGCAGAAAAGUAGUUUGUCAUGACAAGAAGGAUUUAAUCAAGACAGCAGCACUAGAUGUGUUCACUUGUUAGGAUACACCAGUGUUGCAACAUUUGUUUUAUUUAUUUUUGCAUUAUAGUUUUCCUUCUGUCACUAUUUUAUUUCUUUUGUGAUACAAAGGAGAAAAAGAAAGUUUUUAUCUUUA